AUGCACUGGAUAGCCCUUUUCAUUCCAGCCAGGCCAACCUUGAGGGACUUGUUUACCAGUGAAUAUUUUGACUGUAAUGACGCCUUCGGACACGGCACGUUCCAGAAGCGGCUGAUGCUGCUCUGCGCACUCGGCGCCUUCUUGGCGAACAUCCACGCCUUGGCUUUCCCGCUGAUCUCAAAAGGCGUGCAAUACAGGUGCAAGCAGCCGCACACCAGUGAUUCGGCAGCUGCCUUGAAGGUCGCGACCGCUGCUCGCGAAGUCGGCGGACAGAUCGGACGGUGCGUUGUCUACGAGGACCCGCACGACCCUAACGACACGCAGACCGUGCCCUGCCAAGAGUGGGAGUACGACGAAGAGUGGGCCAACAGGACGGCUGUGAGUAAGUGGAACAUGGUCUGCGGAAGAAAGGCACUCAUCACCAUCAUGUAUGCGAUUCAAAACACCGGACCCGCUGUGUUCGUCUUGACAGCCGGACAUUUCGCGGAUACCAUCGGCCGGGUUCCCGUGCUUCUGUCGGCGGUUGGGGUGCUCUUUGUCUCAACAGUUGCGAUUUGCCUGUCAAACGACUACGUAGCACACGCGGUAGUCAAGUUCUUCAGCUCGGGCAGCGCGUUAUUGACCUUGACCUCCUCCGCCAUCUCCCUUUUCGAGGUUACGAUCCACGACAAGAGGCCGCUCAACAUAGCUGUAAGCGUCACGCUCGGUCUGUUGGCGUCCGAUUCGUGGUUCUUUUUCUUGGUGCCUUGGAACCUGCGCUGGGAACGAAAGCUGUGUGUUUUCAUUCUGCCAGCGUUGGUUGUGCUGCCAGCUUUCCUGAUGGUUAACGAGUCGCCUCGCUGGCUAGUAGCUAACGGGAUGUAUGAGAGAGCAGAGCGCGUUGUAAUCGCUGCUGCCGAAAAAAACCGCUUUCCCUUGGCGAACGCAGCGUGCCUGGUUGAUUCGCUCAAGGCUGACGCUACCAGGAAGAUAAAUCGCCGGAAGUCCACGUGUGCCGAGGAACUGCUGAGCAUGUUCUCCAUCCGACGGCGAGCCCUGGUCCUGUGCGGCUGUUUCUUUUCCAACUCGUUCGCCCUGUAUGCAAUCACCCUCUCUAAAGGACAACUCUACACGCCUUGGCUUCCGUUCAUCGCGUUCACAUUCAACUCCACGGUCUAUGCGAUUGCGCACUUGCUGAUGAGAAAGUUGGCCAUGCUCACAGUGAUCACCGUGCUAUUUGCCGCGCUGUGUGUUGUGCAGUGCCUUCUCUGCCUGACCGUGUUCAACCAGAUGGACGUCGCCACGGAGGCGCUGCUGCAGACGAACAUAGCGCUGUACUAUUCUGGCGCCGUCGUCUGCUUCGUUUAUGUCUUGGAACUGUUUCCGACCGCGUUGCGUGCAACUGCCGUCGGUUGGACUAUCGCUUGCGGUCGCCUGGGAGUCGGAUGCGCCCUGUUCUCCUCGCUUCUCAAUAACACCGGCCUCGAGUACCUGGCACCAGCGGCUGCGGGCGUCCUGCUUUUUGCGUCGUUGCUGACGCUGCGCAUCUUGCCGCCCGCCACAACGAUCGAGUGCACCAAGAUGGCGACCCAGGAACUGUCCGUUCAGACACACCACAACAUCGAGCUAAUGAAGGCCACGCUCGAAACGCGGCUCAGUGAGCGCAGGAACACGAAGAUCUCUUUUGAGAGCGGAAGCAAGUCGAACUCAAGCCGCAGCCGCCGUUACAAGAGGAAGGAACCACGCGGAUCAUUACAGCCUUAG